AUGACACAAAAGCAACUUGGCAUUGACGUUCUGGACCAAAGCAAGGAGAUAUCCACCUUCGUGUCGUAUCUUCUUGACAUUAUCCAGAUUUUGGAGAGUCAAGCGAAAUGCCGCGAUAUCGACAGGCCCGAAAGUGACUCUGAUAGCGAGUCGCAAGGUGAGGAGGUAGCCGUCAGCCAUCCUCUCGGUUAUCAAGUUGUUCAUCGAAUAUUUUGUACAGCCAAGCUUCAUCAGCACGACGGAAUACUGUGUGAAAAUGAGCCAGUCAGUCGAAAGAGCAACAUUUCUGGCGACACAAGGUGGCUCCACGCCGAAAAGGUGAUCCUCAAUCUUGACACGUGGUUGAGCAAGCGGCCAUCGCUUUGUUUCAUUGUCAUCAAGGAACACCGCUGCGCUCAAGACCAGAGAGCUGAAACCCAGAUAUCCAGAGUACGGAAUCAUGCUGGUACGCCCUCAGUCAGGCUGGAGAGGCUCAGAAUCGUGUCGCCUUUACUCCAGAAAGCUUUGAAGCAGGUUGCGGAGUUUCAACUUUACCGUUCAAGUGAACAGGAUGAGUUUGUUACGGAAAUGGAAGCUCCGUAUCUAUUUCUGUUCCACCACCGGAAGAAGCUAGCGGCUCUGGCAGAGACUGGAACAUACCAUGAGGUGAUCUUGCCCCUGAAAAGAUUCCUCGAGGAACGUUACGAGGCUGAAUAUGUGGAAGCCGAGGAGAUGUUUCUUCAGGGUUACGUGAACGCCUACCACGCCCUUAAGUUAUUCAAGCCGAACCAAAUGCUUCUUGUCAAAAAGAAAGGCGAGCCGAAAGUCGCAUUUGUACUAAACUCGUGCAGCCUAGCCAGAAAAGAUGAGAUUAUACUCCUUGGCUGGAAGUGGUACUACAAUGGCCACAACUUGCAGCGAGCUUCUGAAACAGAGAGCCUUGGAGCUAUCUCUGAGGAGAAGACCAAGAUUUGCGACCUCGUCAUUCACCCAAUCGAAUUUGCUAGAGAAGAGGACGCCAAGACCUUGGCUCAAAGGGGAAAAAGGUUCUGGAGCAUGAGAGAUCAAGUGUACAUCUGCUACACAGGAUGGGACAAGGGUUCAAAGCAUCAAUAUGCCUCCGCAAGAUUCAUGGUGGACGCGGCGACAUAUCAAAUCAUGCACAACGACCUCCAUCACCCGUCAUUAGAGCCGCCGCCAACCGGAAAUGAUCCGUGGCCUGUGAGGAUCAGCCGUCGAGAGGAUCUAACUCACAGAGUUGAAAUGCUACUGCCAGCCACUGUGCAUGGCUUCAAUCUCAAAGAAAAAAAAUGGGUCGUCCUAUACGUCGACAAUACGCAUGCAGUAGAUUGGAACUACAAAGCAUUUGAUCGUCUUGUCUUGGAUAUCAAGACCAAGGAAAUGGUUCGAGCACUCGUCGACGUUCAGACAUCGGCGAAGAAGAUGGACGACAUCAUCACUGGGAAAGGCGGCGGCCUGAUAAUCCUUCUCCAUGGAAGCCCAGGGACUGGAAAGACAUUGACGGCGGAAAGUGUUGCAGAAAUCGCAGAAAAACCGCUGUAUCGAGUCACCUGCGGUGACAUUGGCACCGACGCACGUGAUGUGGAAAAGUACCUUGAGACAGUGAUGUACUUGGGGAAAACUUGGGAUUGCGUUCUCUUGCUAGAUGAAGCAGACGUUUUCUUGGAGGAGAGAACUAUGGCAGACUUACAGCGAAAUAGUCUUGUAUCAGUGUUUCUACGGAUCCUCGAGUACUAUGAAGGCAUUCUCAUCUUGACGUCUAAUCGCGUUGGAUCCUUUGAUGAGGCAUUCAAAUCUCGUAUCCAGGUGGCGAUUCACUAUGACAACCUGACCAAGAUGUCACGCAAAGCCAUCUGGCAGAACUUCUUCGACAUGAUUGAGGAGUCAGCGGAGGAAGAUGCCAACAUGCCAGAACUAGAAAGAAGACUCGACCAGUUGGCAUCAGAAGAGAUGAACGGCAGACAAAUCAGGAAUGCGCUACUGACGGCGCGACAACUUGCGAAGCAUCGCAAGGAACGAUUGGACUGGGAACACCUCAGCCAAGUAAUCAAGACUUCUGCUGCUUUCAAUAAGUACCUAAAGACAGUUCGCGGGCACACUGAUGAGCAGUGGGCAAGGGGAGAAUCGCUGCGUUAA